AUGUCUUUCCGUGGGCGUGGAUCCGCUACCGGUGCGAACCGGGGCGGCUUUGGUAACCGUGGUGGCCGCGGAGGUUUCCAGCAGUCCUUCGGCCCCCCCGCGCAGGUUCUCGAGAUGGGAACUGUCAUGCACGCUUGCGAGGGUGAGAUGGUUUGCGAGUCGAUCAACCCCAAGAUCCCCUACUUCAACGCCCCGAUCUACCUCGAGAACAAGACUCCCAUUGGCAAGGUCGACGAGGUUCUCGGCCCCAUCAACCAGGUGUACUUCACCAUCAAGCCCCAGGAGGGCAUUGUCGCUUCCUCGUUCAAGCCCGGUGACAAGGUCUUCAUCGGCGGCGACAAGCUGCUCCCUCUUGAGAAGUUCCUUCCCAAGCCCAAGCCCCCACCAGGUGCUGCUAAGCCCAAGCGUGCUGGUGGUGCCCGCGGUGGUCGCGGCGGUGCUCCCCGUGGCCGUGGUGGAUUCGGUGCUCGCGGUGGUGCUCCUCGCGGUCGUGGUGGAUUCGGUGGCCGCGGUGGUGGCUUCUCUCGUGGCGGCGGUGGCAGCUUCGGUGGUCGCGGCGGUGGCUUCUCUCGUGGUGGUAGUCGCGGCGGCUCCCGCGGUGGCUUCCGUGGUCGUGGUUAA